AUGAUGACUUCCAAACCUCAACAAUGGGCUGUGGACCUUACAGAUGAAAAAUAUAUUUCACAAUUAAAAAUAAAUACAAGUACGAAUUUGCCUUCUCCUCCAGGCUUUAAAGAGAUUCCAAGAAAUAAUAGGAGUUUGAAAAGUGGACAAAAGGAUAAUAGUAAGGCUAGUGAGGAAGAUAUCUCUUCUUUAUUGGUAUCAAAAGCUUGGCAGAUUGCUCUUCAACCUGCAAAAAGUAUUCCAAUGAAUGCUAUUAUGUCCUAUAUGUCUGGUACAUCACUACAAAUAAUUCCAAUCAUGACUGCUCUAAUGCUUCUCUCAGGGCCUAUUAAAGCAAUUUUUGGUAUUAGAAAUGCAUUUAAACCAGUUUUAGGUGUUGACAAUAUUCAGAGUCAGGUAAUUGCACCAAUAGGGUUAUAUAUUCUAUUCCAAAUUGUUCUAAUGUUUAUUGGUAUCCACAAAUUAAACUCUAUGGGAUUAAUUCCUAAUACCAAGAGUGAUUGGUUAUUAUGGGAAGCUCCUGCGAAUUUCAGUAAGAUAACUGCAUAUGCAUUUUAA